AUGUCCAAUGAUCUACGUAAAUUAUCACCAGAAUUUUCAAUUGAUGAAGCAAAAUCUCUAGCUAAUCAAUAUUAUGGUUUAAAAGAAUUCAUUUGUCAAUUACCAAGUGAACGUGAUCAAAAUUUUCUUUUUGAAAAAGAAAAAUUAAAAUUUAUAUUAAAAAUUUCCAAUAUUGAUGAAAUUUAUUCAGUAAUUGAUAUGCAAAAUUGUGCAAUAGAAUCUAUUAAACCUUGCAUACGAGUUAUACCUGAUUUAAAUGGAAAUAUGAUUAUUAAAUAUAAAAAUCAUUUCGUACGUCUUGUUAGUUAUUUUCCAGGAAUUCCUUUAGCUGAUUAUCAACCUCAUAGCGAAAAAUUAUUUUUUAAUUUAGGAAAAGUUCUUGCAAAUAUUGAUAAAUCUCUUAGUCAAUUUGAACAUGAAGGUACAAAACGUAAUCUUUAUUGGAAUAUAACAAAUGCUGAAUAUAUAAUUAAUAAAUAUAAACACUUAAUUAUUGAAAAUAAUCGUCGUCAAAUAGUUGAAAAUAUUCUUAAUGAUUGGAUUAAAUAUGUUGUUCCACAAUUUUCAUCUCUUAGAAAAUCUGUUAUUCAUAAUGAUGCUAAUGAUUAUAAUAUUAUUAUUGUUGAUCAAGAUAAUAUUGGUUUAAUUGAUUUUGGUGAUAUGUGUUAUACAUAUCUUAUUUGUGAAGUUUCUAUUGCAUGUGCUUAUAUUAUGUUAAAUAAACAAAAUCCAAUUGAUUCAGCAACAUAUCUUAUUCGUGGUUAUACUCAAAUUUAUUCAUUGGAAAAUAUUGAAAUUGAUUUAAUUUAUUAUUUUAUUCGCACUCGACUUGCAAUGAGUGUAACAAUAUCUGCUCAUCAAAAACAAAUUCAACCGGAUAAUCCUUAUCUUGUGAUCAGUGAAAAGCCGGCUUGGACUUUACUUGAACAAUUAAAUCAUUUUGAUAGUAAAACUGUUUGUCAUAUUUUUCGUUCUGCUUGUAUUUUAUCAAAUUAA